GUUCCGAGUCUUGUCAUCGCGCCGUCUCUCUCUAAUUCCUUCAAAAUGAUGGGCGGAGGCCAACCUAUCAUCGUUCUCAACCAGAACACCAAGCGUGAGAGCGGGCGGAAAGUGCAAGUGCAGAACAUCAAUGCCGGGAAGAUGAUUGCUGACGUCAUUCGCACAUGCCUGGGUCCCAGGUCCAUGUUGAAGAUGUUGAUGGACCCCAUGGGUGGCAUUGUCAUGACUAACGAUGGAAAUGCCAUUCUCCGUGAGAUCACUGUCCAGCACCCUGCAGCCAAACACAUGAUUGAGAUUGCACGGACACAAGAUGAAGAGGUUGGUGACGGCACAACAAGUGUGGUUAUCUUGGCUGGAGAAAUGUUGGCUGUGGCUGAACAGUUCCUCGAGCACAAAAUGCACCCUGUGGUGAUCAUUCAGGCCUACAGACAAGCUCUUGAAGAUUCCAUUAAUAUUCUCAGGGAACAGCUUAGUGUACCUGUAGACAUCAACAGUGAGGAACAGAUGGUUGAUGUCAUCAAGUCUUGUAUUGGCACCAAAUUUAUGGGUCAGUAUGCUGAUCUGGCAUGUUCCAUUGCCCUGCGUGCUGUUAAAACCAUCACAACUGAACAGGAUGGUCAGAAGGAAAUUGAUGUCAAGAAGUGGGCAAGGAUUGAGAAGAUCCCUGGUGGCACCAUUGAAGAUUGCCAAGUUUUGAAUGGAAUCAUGGUGAACAAAGACGUAACACACCAGAAGAUGAAACGACGCAUUGAGAAUCCUAGGAUUAUUCUGCUGGAUUGCCCCUUGGAAUACAAGAAAGGAGAAUCACAGACUAAUGUGGAGAUCACUGCAGAGACAGACUUCACCAAGAUGUUAGAGAUUGAAGAAGAACAUGUCAAGUCUAUGUGUGCCGACUUGAUUGCUCUCCAGCCUGAUCUAGUUAUCACAGAGAAGGGUGUUUCUGACUUGGCCCAGCACUACCUCGUCAAAGCAGGCAUCACCUGCAUCAGAAGAGUAAAGAAGUCUGACAACAACAGACUUGCCAGGGCUUGUGGUGCAACUAUUGCUAACCGCACUGAAGAAUUGAAAGAGGAAGAUGUUGGUACUGGUGCAGGAUUGUUUGAAAUUAAGAAGAUUGGAGAUGACUACUUCACAUUCAUCACUGAGUGCAAAGACCCUAAAGCCUGCACAAUCCUUCUUCGUGGACCAAGCAAGGACAUUCUCAAUGAGGUUGAGCGCAAUCUUCACGAUGCUUUGGGCGUGGCUCGUAACCUUGUCCUGGAGCCAUACCUUGUUCCUGGUGGCGGAGCAGUUGAGAUGGCUGUAUCCCACACUCUGCAAGAGAAGGCAAAAACUGUUUCAGGAGUUAAGCAGUGGCCAUACACUGCUCUUGGACAGGCUCUUGAGGUUAUCCCUCGCACUUUGGCACAGAACUGUGGUGCAAAUAUCAUCCGAUUGUUAACAGCCCUGAGAGCCAAGCACGCCAGUGGUGAGACCUUCUGGGGAGUAAAUGGCGAGUCUGGUGAACUCUCAGACAUGAGAAAAUUGAAAAUCUGGGAACCUCUUGCUGUCAAGCUCCAAGUUUUCAAGACUUCUGUAGAGACUGCUGUCUUGCUUUUGAGGAUUGACGACAUUGUCUCAGGAUCCAAGAAGAAGAAUGAGGAUGCUGGCCCUCAGGGGGAAAUGCCAAUGGACGAAGGAGGAAUGGCAUAAGCGAAGAGAAUUCCUCUCGGUUAAUUAUAAUGUGAACAAAAGAAAAACCCUAAUUCGGUUGUGUCUGGUUUUCCUUUUUACAAGUUUCAACAGAAAUCAAACUUGGAAGUGCUAAUACAGCAAGUGCUGAUCUCUGCUACCCUAACUUAACUAUGACUCGGACACGGCUGCUACCUCCUCACCACUGUUCUUGCCUAGUGCGUUUGUAAUCUUAACAUGAUGGAUCUCCUUUGAUGGCCUUUUCAUCUGCAUCGGUAAACUUAACGUGAUUCAUGUCACUUGCACACCAUUUCUAACCAGUCGAAAGACACCAGUGAUAGAGCUUCUUUAAAAAAGCAGAAAUACUGAAAAAAAAAUAAAAAUUUCUAUCGCCAA